UUUCAACAAAUCCGGCAGACUGUUGCGAACCAAAUUGAGCACAUUGAUACUGCCCUUCCACAAUUAGAUUUUGCCAAACUUGAGAAACAACUAACAACAGCGGCGAAGGAAAGAGAAGACGUGGAACGGAGGAUGGCAAUUGAUUACAUUCCCGAGAGAGACGCCUGGGUAAAACAUACUACCUUAAGUCAUCAUCGAAAACUCAACUCUAUUUUGAGACUUCCUCCAAGCAAAAAUUUACAGGUUUGUUUUAUGAAUGAGCUUAGUGAGACAGAUACAAACGGAGAAGAAUCUGAAGAUUCUGAUAUGGAGCACACUCACGUUAGAAAAAGCAAAUCGGUACCGAACUUAAAAAAUGCCGCAAAUCCUGAUCUUUUGGAUCCAAAAACAUUGAACGAGUUGGUUGAAAAACUUGACAGAAAUCUUAAGCUCAGUGAAAACGAGCGGUGUAAAAUGCUGCGACACGUAGCUCAACGGGUGAUGCGAAUUGCUGAAGAAAGAGCGAAAACGUCACUGGCAGAAUAUAGAAGGCGAAGAUCUAAAGCAAGUGAAAUUCCGCGACAAGCAAGGCAGUAUUUGAGCAAAACUAAACUGCCGGAUAUUCGACUAAUCCAUCAACAGAUCGAAGAAGCCAUAAGUCGAAAAAACACUGAGCUAGUGGGACUCCUUUUGGAACGGGACAACCUACACAUGGAACAUGACUCAUUUAGACUUGAUAUUGACGACUAUACUCAACAAAAAUCACCGGUACAUAUGAUAUUACAAUUAGAAUACUGUAAUUAUUUUCAGCUGAUCUUCCUUGACAUGAAGCAAUUGGUGCAGCUUCAGAAAAAACUGGAAAACAACUGA